AUGAGCACAGUGGAAGACCCCGUCCUCGCCAAACCGGCCGAGCUCUGCUGCCUCCGGGGCUCCAUCCACUCCGGAGAGCCAGCGGGCGGAGUUGUCCAGAUUGGAGGCGUCGAUACCUAUGUCGCGACGCCAGACGUAGGCGUGUCGAACGGGCACGUCCUCCUGUUCUUCCCGGAUGCUUUUGGCCUGCACAUCAACAAUUUCCUCACGAUGGAUGCGUUCGCCGCGUGCGGCUAUUUGACGCUGGGCGUGGAUUAUUUUGCUGGGGACCCUAUUUGGAAACAUUCGCAAAACCCCUUGGAUGAUCCAGACUUUGACUUUCAGGGCUGGAAGAACAAACAUAUGGCGUCUACCGAUAGCAUCGCUGCGAAAUGGGUCAAAGACGUCGAAUCACGAUACGGGAGAGAUGGGCAGGUCAAAUUUGUUGCCGCAGGGCAUUGCUGGGGCGCUCGGUUCGUGUGUACGCAACUGUCCACAGACGGAAUCUGCAAAGCCGGAGCAAUCGCCCAUCCAUCUUUUAUGAACGAAAGCCAUGUCCGCAAUAUCGACGCGCCCAUUCUGUUCUCCGUCGCGAAUGUAGACGGCCUUUUCAUGGCCGAGCAACGCAGCAGGGCCGUGGAGAUUCUGACACAGGGGAAGAAACAGUUCAACAUGCAGGUUUUCUCUGAUGUUGGGCAUGGAUUUGCGUCGCGGGCAUUUUUGUCCGAUCCGUACGAGAAAUGGGCCAAGGAGGCUUCGUUUAAGAGUUUUGUCGACUGGUUCGACUUUUGGCUUGAGGCUGCGGGAAACUAG